AUGGCUUUCCAAUUAGAAUCUGCCACCGUCCCUCUACGACAACUCCCACAAAACACAUACCUCGUCCACGCAACAAACUGCAUCGCCCAAUGGGGCGCAGGCAUCGCCGCCGAGUUGGCCACAAUAUUUCCCGCAGCCUGCCAGCAAUAUAAACGUUUCUGCAAUGCCGCCAAGCAAAGCCCAUCUGAGAAGUGGCCGCCACGAUCCCUCGCAGGGAAGUGCCUCAUCAUCCCGCCGCAGGAGUCGGACGUAAAAGCGGGCGCUCCCCGGAUUUAUAUCGUCUGUCUGUUUACAAGCUACGGAUUUGGACGACCCAACGAUGCGACCGGGAAGCCGGGUAGGGAUGGCGUCGGUAAGAUCCUGUCGCAAACUCAGACCAGUCUGAAGGCGUUCCGGGAGCAAUUGGAGGCCAAGUCCCCAGAGGCUGCGGAAGCUGUCAUAUAUUCUCCUCUCUUCAACUCUGGGGCAUUUGGGGUUCCUUGGGAUAAGACGUCGGCUGUGAUAAAGACGGAGUUUGAUGGCUGGAGUGGCCGAUGGGUGGUGCUGACGCCGCCAUCGUAA